AUGGGAAGAGAUAGUAAGAAAAAUAGUAAUACAACCAAUACAAUUAAAUUGAUAGAACUGCUUAAAAAUGAAAAGAAUAUUUUUGCCUGUGUACAGUGUUGCGAGAAAAGUUCCUAUGAAAUAUAUAACAACUUAGUACAGUUUAUAAAAAAGACUUUGGAUAUUCCCAUAUGUAUCAUUGAUAUUAUAACUAUAUAUAACUGCAAAAAUAUAGCAAAAUUUCUUAAAGACAUAUUUUUGGAUUUUAUAAAUUUUGUUAAAAGGAAGAAAAUUUAUAAAUUCAUUUUUUUUUUGCCAUAUUUUGAUGAUUGGAUUUUACCUUUACAACAAGAGAGAAGUUUAACCUUUUCAGAUGAAAAAUACGGUGAGAGUUACUUGGCAAACUAUUCGGAUAAUGAUGAAAAGAAAAACAAAAAAACAAAAAAAAAAAAAAGGAACAGAUAUGAAGCAUCUAUGCACAUAUAUAAUUCAAUAUAUUAUUUAAAAACUAAUUUGUUAAAAAAAUUGAACACCAAAUUUUGUGUUAAAUUAAUUGGUUUUCACAUAACUAGAGAUAUAUUUGAUUUAUAUAGGAAUUUGUUUGAUUAUAAAAUAGAAAUAUCCCAGUUUGUUAUUGCACACAUUCCAUAUUACAUCCAUAUAAAUAAAAACCUUUUGUUUUUUUUUAAAAAAGGACAGUUAUCUUUAGAUCGAGUAUAUAAUAUCAUUUCGAACAAAACAGAUUUCAUAAAUACCAAUGAUGAGUAUAAUAUAAACUUGUUCAAAAGUUUUUUUAAAUACUACAUCAAGUUCCAAAAUUCUAACUCUGGUUUUACAAUAACCGGAAAAAGAAGAGACACAAAAGAAGUGGAAGUUCUAAAUAUUACGUGCAAAAAGGCUGUUCAGAAUUUUAUAUUUCAAAAUAAAAAUUAUAAAUUGUUAAACUUAUUAACUAAUUUAGAGAAUUUUAAGUAUCUCAGGACAUAUAACUAUUUUUUAAGUAAUAAAAAAAAAAGAAAAAUCCAUAUUUUUCUUUUUACAGGUAAUGAUAAAAAUGUUUUAAAAUAUAUGUGCAACUAUUUUUACUCCUCCUUUUUUAUAAAAGAAUAUAUUAACACUCUUCUGAAAAAACAUACCAAGCACACUAUAAAGAGGAAUACUUAUCAAAAUAGUAAUAGCAAAAAUAAUACCACAAAUAAGGUCAUUAUUAAGGGAGAUAUCACUCCUAGUAACUGCAUCUUUUUAAAUAGUUCUGAAAAUUGUACAUUCUAUUAUGGCAAUCAUGGUAGUAUGGAAUAUAAUAACAUAUGUAAUAAGAGAGACGCAACUAAAUGUAUGAUGCACGAUAAUAAUCUGAAAUUUGGGAAUUAUGAAAUCACUCAGAAAUGUUUAAAACUGGAAGAUCUAGCAUAUAUUAGAAAGCAUUUUAUACUAAAGAAUAGGUACCAACAUGAUUAUUACAAUAUCAUUCAUUCUGAGAAAAAAAUUUUUAUUAAAUUUUACUUUAGCAAAAUUAAUAUUCCAAAUACCCUUUUAAUAUAUGGAAAUCAUGGUGUAGGAAAAACUACAUUAAUGAAAUUUAUUGUUCACAUUAUUUCUUCAAACUAUAAAGAUAUGUUUAUUCAUAGGGGGGCAAUGCAUAAUACGCACAACUCUAUAACAGGAGAUAAUACAAACAGUAAUACGGGGAAUGGAAGUACGACUGAGAAUAAGAUAUAUGCCAAUAAUACACGUAACAAUAUACAUUGCGGAUAUAGCAAUAUCAAGUACUGUGACAUUAUGAAAAAAAUGUAUCAUAAGGAAAAAAAAUUUUUUUUUUGUAAAUUCCGAAAUGUGUGCAUAAUUCCAUUUGAAAAUCAUCUUUUAAUAAACAAAACAAUGGGCAAAAAUAGUAUAUACAUAAAAAAGGUUUUCUCAAUGGCCUUAAAAAAUCAGCCGGCAGUAAUAAUUUUUGAUAACAUAGAUCUAUUUCUUGAAAAAAAUAAGAAUUACAAUUAUCCAGAAUAUGAUCAAAAUGAAGAUGUUUAUAAAAAUAUUUAUAUUCUGUUAAUACAUUAUUUGAAUUUCUACGUGAAUGGAUCGAAUAAAAUAAAAUUUAUUGCAACAUGUACAACACACCCACAUUUUUACAAAUUUUCCUUCUUGAAUGUGAUGGAGAAGAUACUGUUUCUUUCGUAA